AUGAAGAACCUCCCCUCGCUGGAGCAGAGAGCAUCUGACAUCGAGGGUCCCACAAGACCCGGCACAACACCCCGAAAGACAGCUCGCAAAGACUACACAUUCAAUUAUGACGUCAACUCCCCGUCAGGACAUGCGCAUUGGAAAGAUCAGGGUCCAGGGCCGGGAGCCUGUGACGCUAGUCGUGCCGCCAGUCGACAGUCCCCCGUAGACAUCAUCACGCCGGCACUGAAGAGAGCUAUUGUUCGGGACCCUCUCGUCUAUAACCACCAAUCGGGAGCUUUGGCGGGAAACCUGAGGAAUAACGGCCAUUCGCCGGUGUUCGAAUUUGACAUCCCUGACCGCAUCCUGAGCGGUGUGCCCAACACGACAGAUGAGUACGAGCUACUCCAGUUCCACAUGCAUUUCGGCCCAAAUGACGUCACUGGAUCGGAGCACCUACUGGAUGGCAGCGCGUUUCCGGCUGAGUUACACUUUGUACACAAAAACCGGAAGUACACAUCGAUUGGAGAGGCUUUGAAACACGAAGACGGACUUGCCGUUAUUGGUGUAUUUGUGGAGCUAUCACCGUACAUGACUGAUGCCCCCUUGUUAGAGAUUGUCAACAAUUUUCCUAAGAUACAGACGGUUGGUCAUGACGUUGAACUCUCUGUGGAUCCCAAUCUUAUGUUACCGACGCCGACUGCGGGACGUUGGGGGGAGUACAUGACCUACCCAGGUUCUCUUACAACUCAGGGAUGUUUUGAGGUCGUUCGUUGGAUCAUACUACCCGAUAACCUCCAAAUCACCUCAGCCGAGCUGGAAAAAGCCCGGGCCCUGCUGACAGGUAGAGCUGGGUCUGAACCGUUUGGAAAAGUGGGGAACUUCCGCCCACCUCAGCCAAUGAACGGCCGAAAAGUGGAAUACGUCACAGUCAGACCAGACGCGCCAGCGGCUGAACAUAAAGGACUUUCGCACACGUUUGAUUAUGAUUUGAAGUCUCCUUCAGGACCUUUACAUUGGGCGGAACUAGACCCUGGCUGGGAGGCAUGCGAUGCCAGUCGUAACGGAAAACGUCAGUCGCCUAUAGACGUUCCUCUUCAGUCCUUGGUCCCGACUUCUGGAGGCGUGCUGACGUACAACACGCUGUCUGGGCGACUGAGCGGUAGUCUAAGGAAUAAUGGUCAUUGGCCGGUGUUUGAGUUUGACCUUCCGGAGAGAGUGUUAACAGGAGUUCCGUACAGUUCCGAUGAGUAUGAACUGCUCCAGUUCCACAUCCACUUCGGUCCAGAUGACACCAGCGGAUCUGAACAUCUAAUGGGAGGAAAGGCUUUCCCAGCAGAGAUACAUUUUUUACAUAAAAACCGGAAGUAUCCCUCAGUGAAAGAAGCUCUGCAGCACGAAGAUGGCUUGGCUGUGAUUGGCGUUUUUGUACAAGUAGGUCCCACGGGAACCAGUGAGACUUUACAAGAAAUUGUAUCUAACCUAGAUGCCAUAAAGGCUGUGGGUCCAGGACUUCCUUUAUUGCUUGACCCUAAUGACCUUAUGCCGUCGCCUGGCAACUGGUCCGAAUACAUAACUUACCCAGGCUCCCUGACAACGCCCGGAUGUUUUGAGGUAGUUCGCUGGCUUCUCCUUCAGGACCCCGUCACCAUCACCGCAGACGAGCUUCAGAAAUUCCGCACGUUACUAACAGGUGAUGCUGACUCCGAGCCCAUGGGGACAAUGGGGAACUUCCGGCCCCCUCAACCUUUGAACAGUCGGCAGGUAGAACUGGUUCAAACAGCCUAAAAUAUCAGCAGCUCGAUUUCAUGUAAACUGAUGGUACAUACGAGUAGUUUUCUGUGCGUCGAAACAGACAUUAGUCUUGCAACCGAUUACAUAAUAGUACCGAAAUUGACAUUUCUGUUUGCACACUCUUACUGUGUAGUCUACAGAAGCCUAUUGGUGCUACCGUAAAUAAAUAAAAUGUGUCCAACUAAUUCGCUAAAACGGAAUAGUAAUCCGUUUUAACAUCGGAAUAGUAAUCCGUUUUAACAUCAGAAUAGUAAUUCGUUUUAACAUCGGAGUAGUAAUCAGUUUUCACGAAUAAGCUGGACACAUUUUUCAUUUACACUGACACCAAUACGCUUCCGCAGUAGCCCGUGGCAGAAUACUUGUAUAAACUUAAUUAAAAUAUUUCUU